AUGGAAGAGAAAAGAAUAAUGCAUUAUCGUAGCUCUCACAUAAUUUUACUUGUUGGAGAGGGAGAUUUCUCCUUCUCACUCUCCUUGGCUAGGGCAUUUGGCUCAGCUUCUAACAUGGUUGCUACCUCAUUAGAUUCUAGAGAGUCUCUAGUUUUGAAGUAUGGAAGUGCAUCAAGUAACUUGAGUGAACUUGAGGUUCUUGGCUGCACCGUCUUGCACAAUGUGGAUGUUGGGAACAUGUCUCAACACCUUUAUCUCAAGAACAAAAGUUUUGAUCGCAUUAUCUUUAACUUUCCGCAUGCUGGUUUCGUUUGUCGUGAGUCCGAUGAAUUACAGAUUCUGUUACACAGAAGAUUAGUUAGUGGUUUUUUCAAAAGUGCUAAAAGCAUUGUUUCAUCUAGCGGAGAAAUUCAUGUUUCACACAAGACAUCAUAUCCAUUUUUUAAAUGGGACAUCGAGGGUCUGGCAGUAAUUGAGGGAUUGAUUUUGAUUGAAGAGGUGGAUUUUCAACAGUCAUAUUAUCCAGGUUAUAGUAACAAGAGAGGUUCUGGCUCGCAAUGUGAUCACAGUUUCCCUAUUGGAAUGAGUAGUACUUUCAAAUUUUGUUGCUUAACCAUAUGA